AUGGUUGCACCAGACGCAGAAGUGCUGCUGCAUGACUACUCCUCUAUCGUUCUUCUCAGCUUGCGAUGCGAGGGCCUUCGGAAGGGACGAAAUACGCUUGCCGUAGUAUAUUCCAAGUUGGGCACGGACGAUCUUUGGACCGAGUACGGUUCGACUGAGAUCUGCGGGCAGGAAACUUGCUGGCCAGUGUGGGAGAAAAUGUUCGAGCUGCAGUUUCGAAUAGAGCACGUUCGAUUGAUCAGGGUGGAAAUUUACAUAAUCCGCAACCAGAACAUGCAAGAGGACCUAAUGGAGCAAAAGUUCGUUGGCUCCGCCGAGUUUAACCUGGCAGAGGCUGUGUAUGCACGAUCAAACCCGAAGAAUCAUGGGUGGCUCAAGAAGAAGCUGGAGAACGUGCGCAGGAAACCACGCGAUCCUCCUCUUGGCAAGCUCCUCGUCUAUGCAGAGGAAUCUAUAAAUGCAAAGGUCGAACUUUCCUUCCAAUUGUCUGCGCACGACCUGAAAUCUACAGACUUCUGGAAGAGGAAAUGCGAUCCGUAUUUUGUGAUGAACCGCAUCGAGGGUGUGUACGAUACCGGUGAGCUCUUCUUGGCGCCGGUUUACCGAAGCGAAGUUGCUCGAAAGACGAGCGAGGCAUCCUACGAGGAAAGCAGCUACACAGUGGCUCAGACGAGCUCUUGCGACAUCUACCAGGAUGUGAUCAUCACGGUGCAUGACUGGUUCCGAUUGGGCCAGGAUCGUUACAUCGGUGAGUGCAUCACCACUUUCGAGGAGCUGCAGAAAAUCGUCGGCAGAGGAAAUCCCCACACCUUCCCGCUCUACAAACGGGAGGGUCCCAGGAUUUCGGGCUUGACGCGUGUGAAGACCACGGCGGCCAUGUUACGAUCUGCUACGAAGAGCAGCAGAAGCGGAUCGGGUUCAAGGUCUGGCUCCAACUCGCGCGCGCAAUCCACCCUUUCCGUGGAGCGGGCAGAUAGCAAGAGGAAGAGUACCAAUGCCUCGGGCGAGAAGCGAACGACGUCUCGACUAACAGCCAGGACAGCAUCACAGAUAUCCGGCGGCAAUAGCGGCGGUGGUCACAGGACCUCUUCGCAAAUCUCGGGGCACUCGAGGAUGAGCCACUCAUCUGGUGGUAGCAAGACCGUGUCAAUGACAUCCUCAGAAGUUCGAAACCAAGGUGGCAAAGGCAACUUUGGGCCGCUUGUGGGCUCCGUAACAUUAGAUGGACACCGGUUCAAGCGGCACUAUACCUUUUUGGACUACUUGCGCGGCGGCUUGGAGCUUCAGCUCAUGGUGGCGGUAGACUUCACGCGGUCCAACCUUGGUCAGACAAAUCCAAAGUCGAUGCAUAGUGUGGUGAACAUGGACGAGGAGACGGCCUAUUCGACAGCUAUCAGGGCCCUUGGAGAGGUAAUGUCUGUGUACGACAACGACAAAUGCUAUCCCAUCUAUGGUUUCGGGGCCAAAAUACCGCCGUCACAUUCAGUCGUCUCCAAUUGCUUUGCUCUUACUGGUGAUUUUUUUCAACCUGAAGUCGAAGGCGUGGAGGGCAUGCUGAAGGCAUACCAUCGUGCCCUUCGAGUUUGCCACUUUCAUGGACCCUCAUAUUUGUCUGAAGUCAUUAAGCUGGCCGCCAACAUGGCAAGGCCUUACGUUCAGCCGAAGUUCCUCAAGAUCACAGAGGCACCGCCCGACAUGAGGUACUUUGUGCUGUUGGUGCUGACAGACGGUGACAUCGAGACAGGCGUUGCCCGCCCCCUCAGCGAGGAGGCGACAGACAGGACAUCGCCGAGGCCGGCGUGCUUGACCAGAUUGUCUCACGGGCUGUUUCCGUUCCUGAAGUUGCGCCACGCGACUGAGGAACCUUUUUGGAGACGGUGUUGUGAGUCACAGCGAACACCCAGGCCGUCGGAGACCUUUCUUGCUGGUUUGGGCUUUUGGUUGCUGGCCGUCGCUGUCGUAUGCUACCUGCUGCUGACGAUCUCGUCAACAACUUUCUUGAUGAAGGAGGUGCCGGACUCAAAGCCAAAGAAGUACGAAGCGAUUUCCAAAUUUCCUGGAAGUGGGCGGCACAUCUAUUACUUUUUGUUGGUGAAGCGGCUGGUAGAAGUGACAGUGCUGAACCACCUUUGUGGGAAUCUUAUGGAACCUCUCCCAGCCAUGUACCAGAAGCGCUUUGAGGAUUUGGAGCACAUGCGGCCACAUGGGGUGGUCCGUGGUCUUCAGAGAAUGAUCACCAGCCUUUUCAGGCGUCAGCAUCGCGAGAAGUGGCUGACAUCGUUUGUCCCAGACUAUAUCCUUCUGCUUGUGGUAGGCAGCAUGGGAAUUGUUUAUGUUGUCGUCCUCUGCUCCCGGAAGUUGGACGUGCACGUCUACCAAGAGACAGAGCACUUCAUCAUUGCCCGAAAUGACCCGGGCAGUGCUGCCCUGCUUAUCGUGGAUUCCGUCGUGUAUGCUUACACCAUGGUGCUCGUGACUGGCUUCCUUCUCUGCACCUUAGAGCAAAACGUUGUCGCAAAGCCUGAUCGCCAGCGAGAAUUCUUCAGCGCACUUGCUCUCUUCAUCAUGCUGUGGGGCACGAACUUCUUUACGACCCUCUACGACCGGCAGAUCUACACCAGCGCCUGGGGACUCCCUGCGCCAGCUACUAUCAGGAUCCUAGCUUCCGCAGCGCAGGUCUUUGUAACCCAUUCGAUGGUCAUGAUGGGAGCCGUGCUUUUUGGUCACUCGGCACACUUGCGACGAACACCAGAUCUUACCUGGAAGGAUUUUCUUCUGAAGCUCUUGCCAAGUGUGCUGCUCCUCGCCAUCGCUGGCGUGUGGGUGGGCUUGCAGCGCCAGUUCCACGAGCACUCCGAGUGUUUCCCAGAAGGAUACAGGCUCUUCGCGCAGACUUGGCCGUACUUUACAACACUGGUUGCCAGCCUUGGCGGCCUUGCACUGCUCCUGCUGACUUUCUGUGCGCGGGCGCGAGAUGCUGAAGAGUCCGACUUCACAAGCCUCUUGGACUACGACUCAUUGCUGAUUAUGCUCACCGUGUCCCUUGCUGUCAUCGGGAACAUCAACACAAUAUUUGCGAUGGAGGCUUCCCGAGCCAUCAGCAGCUUCUGUGGUGCCUUAGCACGGCUGCUUGGUCCAAUCGGCAUCUCCACCUUCGCCUUCGCUGCUUGGAAAGAUCCACCGCGACGAGAGGAGCCCAGGAGCGGAGGCUUGUGGCUUGGCCUGGUGCUAGCAGGCGUCAUGUUUAUCGAAUUUCAGAACCUUGAGGAUUGUGAGAUCGCCUCGGACAUGCCAGGAUGCUGUACCUACCCAGGUCUUCCUGGAUACAAUACCCACGAGCACCGGAACUUGAAGUGCAGCAAAGAUCUGCGCUGUAUGGUGACGCAGUUUGAUACGCCGUGUGAUCUGGGGGACGCGGAGGAUCUGGAGUCCCUGAACAUCACACAGUUGAAGCAG